UAUCAUAUGUUACGGCAAAAAGAUAAGAGGGAAUAGAAGGACGCUUGUUUGUAUACGUAUAUUUUGCUUAAAUAAAAACUAAGCAAACCUCAAUAUGGGUGGCGGAGAUUUGAAUUUGAAAAAAUCAUGGCAUCCACACACGAUGAAAAAUCAGGAGCGAGUUUGGAAAGCGGAACAGGCAAAGCAAGAAGAGCAACGCAAGCUGGAUGAUCUGCGCAAGGAGAUCAAUGAGGAGCGGGAUCGUGAAGAGUUGCGGCGCAUAGGAGAGAACUCGGGCGUAUUAAACAGUAGCAAUGGAGGCGAAGCGAAGCUCGAAUGGAUGUAUAAAAACAGCGCAGAGCUAAUCAAUCGAGAGGAGUAUCUGCUGGGUCGCAAAAUAGACAAAUCAUUUGAGCAGCUGCAGGCGGAGGAGAAGCGACAGGAGCAAAACACUCUGGGCGUUAAGCAGUCCAUUAACCAUGUCGAGCACGAGUGUGUGCCGUUCUCUAUACGUGAAUAUCGUAAUAUGCAAUCCACCGAGCAGGUGGAUAUGCAGCGCAAGACAAUGGAAGAUCCGCUGAUGCUCAUCAAACAGAGAGAAAUGGAAUCGCGACGCAAGCUGCUGGAGAAUCCAGUGAAACUAAAGGAAAUCCAUCGCUUACUCAAAACGGAGCAGGAACUGGCAGCAAAGCGCAACAAAAAAUCCAAAAAGAGCAAAAAGUCAAAGAAAAAGAAGAACAGAAAGGACGACAGCGAUGACAGCAACGAGGAUCUGGACAGAAAGCUGGCCAAGCAGAUGAAAAAACUCAAAGGCGAUAACACAAGUGAGGACUUUAAAUUGGACAAACUGCUGGAUGCCAAGUACCGCACGUUGACCAAGCAGCUGGAUAUGGCAACAAAACAGAAGAAACAAAAGAGCAAGAAAAAAUCAAAGCGUCCCAAUAGGAGUAGCAGCAGUAGCAGCAGCAGCGAUGAUAGCGAUAGCAGCGAGGAGGCGUCAAAGGCAGGCAGAAGAAGACGCAGUAAAAGUCGCAGCAGAAGUUCUGAGGACCAACCAAGACGAGCAAACGAGAGUCGAGACAGACGUAAUAGCAGCGACAGUGAGACGAGAUCGAAGAAAAUCAGGGAGAGCAAAUGCAGACGUGAGAGAAGCGCUGAUGAGCGAGAGAAAAAGGGAAGAAGAGGCGACAGUCGCUCAAAUGAACGAACAAAGUCGAGUAAGGAGAGCAGAGGACGACAGAGAAGCAGCAGCCGAACAGAUGAGCGAACAAAGCGAGAGAAUAGAAGACCGGAAGAACGACGCAGGCGCAGCAGCAGUCACAGUCCUCGCCGAGAUCAACGUCAGAGGAGUCGCAGCAAUGAGCGACGUCGGCCUAGUCCCAAGCCAGCUAUGGCUCCGCCUCCUCCUCUUCCUCGUCAGCCAGAGAAAGCAAAGCCGAAGCUCACCGAAAGUGAGCGCGAGGCGCGUCUGCGCGAGAUGAUGGACAAUGCUGUGUGGCGCGAGGCCGAUCGCACCAAGGUCGUGCACAAGCAUCGUAAGGAAUAUGCGCGCGAGGAGGCACUUAAUCAGGCCCGCGACUUUGACCAACAGUUCAUCAACAAGGAGGUGAAGAAGGCUAUCGAUAAUCAGACAUCCAUCGGCAAUCGCAUUCGCUCCAAUCUCAACAACAUACAGCGCACUUCGGCCGCCAUGGAUGCGAACUUUGCUCGCAAAUAAUUCUAGC